GUCUCUCUCCAUUACAGUAUUGUAAAAGCUCUCCACCUCUCUGUAUCUCUCUCACCUCCCCGUGUUUACCUCCAUGGCUUCCUCCUUGUUAACUUCCUCAAAGUUAUCGCCUUUCCUUAUCCCCUCCCCAAAAUCCACCAUUUUCCUGCCUCCUUCAACCUCCCUCCGGUUCCCUCCUUCCAAGCCACCAUCUUUUCGUCCUCUCCCUUCCAAAUCGCUCCCCAUUUCCUCUUCUUUAACCCCAAACCCCCUCUCCCUCCUCCUCCGCCCCCUCUACGUCCCCCACCGCAUCCCCGACCCCAACUACGUCCGCGUCUUCGACACCACCCUCCGCGACGGCGAGCAAUCCCCCGGCGCCACCUUGACUUCCAAGGAAAAGCUCGAUAUCGCUCGCCAACUAGCCAGGCUCGGCGUGGAUAUAAUCGAGGCCGGAUUUCCCGCCGCUUCCAAAGACGAUUUCGAAGCCGUGAAGGCCAUUGCUAGAGAGGUUGGGAACGCGGUGGAUGGAAACGGGUAUGUGCCUGUCAUUUGUGGGCUUUCACGGUGUAAUGAGAAGGAUAUUAAGGCGGCUUGGGAUGCGGUUAAGUACGCCAAAAGGCCCAGGAUUCAUACGUUUAUCGCCACCAGCGGGAUCCAUUUGGAAUAUAAGUUGAGGAAGAGUAAGGCGGAGGUUUUGGAUAUCGCUAGAAGUAUGGUUCGGUUUGCUAGGAGUUUGGGUUGUAAUGAUAUCGAGUUUAGCCCCGAGGACGCCGGCAGAUCUGACAGAGAGUUUUUGUAUGAGAUUUUGGGUGAAGUGAUCAAGGCCGGAGCGACGACUCUAAACAUACCCGAUACUGUCGGCAUAACCAUGCCUAGAGAGUUUGGUCAGUUAAUUGCUGAUAUAAAAGCCAACACCCCUGGAAUCGAGAACAUUGUCAUUUCAACACACUGCCAAAAUGAUCUCGGGCUUUCUACUGCAAACACGAUAGCGGGAGCUUGUGCAGGUGCAAGGCAAGUGGAAGUAACAAUCAAUGGCAUUGGAGAGAGAGCCGGAAAUGCUUCAUUGGAGGAGGUUGUCAUGGCGAUAAAAUGUCGCGGUGAGCAUGUAUUAGGAGGUCUUUAUACCGGAAUCAAUACUCAGCACAUUGUGAUGACAAGCAAAAUGGUAGAGGAGUACACGGGGUUACAUGUACAGCCUCAUAAGGCUAUUGUUGGAGCCAAUGCUUUUGCUCAUGAAAGCGGUAUCCACCAGGAUGGAAUGCUCAAGCACAAAGGUACUUAUGAAAUUAUUUCUCCUGAAGAUAUCGGUCUUGAACGAUCCAACGAAGCUGGUAUUGUCCUUGGAAAACUUAGUGGACGUCAUGCUUUGAGAGACCGAUUGAAAGAGCUUGGGUAUGAGCUUGACGAUGAACAGCUCAUCAACAUAUUCUGGCUCUUCAAAGCAGUAGCUGAACAAAAGAAGAGAGUCACCGAUGCUGAUCUAAUAGCGUUGGUUUCAGACGAAGUUUUUCAACCGGAAGUUGUUUGGAAGCUUGAUGAUCUGCAGGUUACUUGUGGAACUCUUGGCCUUUCUACUGCCACUGUUCAACUCAUCGAUGCUUCCGGGGCGGAGCAUGUUGCGUGCUCGGUUGGAACUGGUCCGGUGGAUUCAGCUUAUAAAGCCAUUGAUCUCAUUACAAAGGAACCAGUUACACUUCUCGAGUACUCCAUGAAUGCUGUUACAGAAGGCAUUGAUGCUAUAGCCACCACUCGUGUUCUAAUCCGUGCCGAAAAAAGUCACGUGUCAACUCAUGCUUUGACUGGUGAAGCCGUCCAUCGAACAUUUAGUGGAACAGGGGCAGGAAUGGAUGUCGUCGUUUCCAGUGUAAAGGCUUAUAUCGGCGCAUUAAAUAAGAUGUUGGCUUUCAAGGAACAAUAUCAGACAAAAGCUCCGGCAGGGAAAACUCCAGUUUCUGCAUAGGUCGCGCUUAUCGUUGCCGCCGUGAUCCCCGUAGAGGCAUACUUCAGAUCGGUUUUGUGACUACAUUUGCUCCUGUUAGUGACACAGUGCUUUGAAUGUGGUUUUGUUGUACAAGUUUCGUAGACAGAAAUGUUGAUAAGUGUAAGAUCAACUAUUUUUUUUUUGGUUAUUUCUUGUGAACUUUCAGUUUGUAUUAAGAA